AUGGAGAUCGAUUACGACAAGUUAGACAAUGCAGACAAAGGACUGGGAAUUUCCUUUAUUGUGACAAUUUUUCUAGCAAACUGUCUCUUGAUUUUCCGGGUCAUUCGAAAAGGUGGAUUCUUCUACACCCUGAAAAGCCUGACAGUGAUAUCCCUUGCUAUUGGUGACAUAUUUUUGGCUAUUUUUGCUUUAGUUGUACGUACGGAAUUAGAGUUUGUUGCCGUCAACGACCUCAAAUUAUCUUGUGCAACUGGAAUUUCUUAUGAUGUUUAUAUGACCUUUUUGAUACAUUCCGUAUACGCUACAGGACUGAUUGUUCUAGCGAUCGAGCUUUCCAUCAGAUUUAGAGCAUCCUCAGUAGCGGAGAAGACACCUGCAAAUAUCGCGAAGUCUGUCAUCUGCAGUUCUUUCCCUUGGAUUUUAAGUCUUGUAGUUGUACUUCCCCUUGUUUUAAGUGGCCGCAACUCUCGACUGCCUAAUUUAUGCUAUGUAGAUUCAUCUAGCACAAGAAACCAAAUUGCAUUAGGAAUAUCUGUAAUACUUCCAGCUCUUCUGGCUGUUCUUGUGUGCUGUGUUGUUAUGUGUAGACAAUGGGUACCCGUCUAUGUCGAAACUUCGACUGUCGCGCUUCAGGCGUUAGACCACGACCAGGUGCAAAAUCAAGGAACCGUUCUGGGCGUGUCCCAGCAUUACGCUGUGAAUAGUAUCACUGGACCUUCUCAUUACUAUGGGGACCACAGAGCAGAAUCAUCGCAACUUCCUGGCAAUACCGUAUCUGGUAGUUCUCACAGUUCAACACCACAAGCUCCGGAAGGUCAGGUUUUCUCCAUACCCACUUCACAACAGCCAGUACAACAUUAUCCAGUGCAACAGUACCCAGUACAACAGUACCCAGAACAGCAGUACCCAGUGCAACAGUACCCGCUACCCCCACAGAUACCACCGCAGUACGCACUGCCCCAACAGUACACUUCUGUGUCUAACAAUGCCGUAACAGUUCAAGAACAACCUCAAAAUAUAUCAGGCCCUAUUCUUUCAUUGCUAAACAGAGAACGGAAAAUUCUUUGCCUAAUUUCUGUCAUCCAUUUCCUAUGUGCUGUUCCAACUGCCGUAUUCACCCUGGGCACGACUGUCGAUGGCUACACAGACGAUUCCACGGCCACUUUUCUAAGUCACUUUUUCUUCUGGUUAUCUAUUUUCCGAUCACUAAUAACACCAAUUAUCUUCUCUUACUCAGUGAAAUAG